AUGAGACCUAAAUAUAUGCAGUCUUCGCAAGGACAAAAAGAAAAAAAGAAGGGCGGUUCUAUAUUCAUAUUUAUUGUGUUCUUCAUACUAGCAUUUAUAUACAUAGGGUAUACAGGAAUUGUCUUGCGGUCUUGGUUUAUACCUUACAGGAGUGGCUCUUUCACAAUAGCUGCCUUGUUUCAUGUUUUUUUUUUUUUGUUUUUGCUAAGUUUUAUAAAAUGCGCAUCAACGGAUCCUGGAAAGGUUCCUCGAAAUUGGGGAUUCUAUGUUGGUGAUGAUGUAAAGAGAAGAAGAUAUUGCAAAAUUUGUAACGUCUGGAAACCAGAUAGAACACAUCAUUGUUCAGCUUGUAAUAGAUGUGUAUUAAAUAUGGAUCAUCAUUGUCCCUGGAUUAAUAAUUGUGUUGGCUUUUUUAAUCGAAGAUUUUUUAUUCAGUUAUUAUUCUAUGGGUUAAUUUGUCUCUUCAUUGUUGCUGUUCAAACAUUUCAUUAUAUUUUUAUUGAUAAUGCAAACGCAUAUAUUGAUGAUGGUUUUCACGAAAAAUCUUCCUUUGUAGCUCUUGAGUAUACGUAUGCUUCUAUUGUUUUAUUUUUAACGUUCGUUUUAAUUUUCGCUUUAGUUCCAUUUACUAAAUUUCAUUUAAAAUUAAUUUCAAAAAAUUCCACAACUAUUGAGAAUAUGGACAUAUAUAACCAAGAUUACAAUAUGUAUAAUGUGGGCUGUGAAGACAACGCGAAGCAGGUAUUUGGUAAUAACAUAUUGUGUUGGAUGUGUCCAUUCCAUUGUGUUUCUAAUCGACCCGCAGGAGACGGUGUCAGGUGGAGAGUUAGUGUGUUACAUGAUAAUAUGAUUUGA